CCGAGAGUCCCUCUGGUCUCGUCUGCAAACGGCUGGUGACUCCCUCUUCCUUCUCUCCCUCCCGCUCUGCCCCUCUCUGCCCCUCUCUCUCUCUUUCCAGCCCUGAUCCCGGACCCAUUCUCUUCCAAAACGUUUUCCAGAGAUACCCGUGUAGAUCGAGUCAUCGCUCCGCCGCGGUAACCGAGCGCUGUGCUCAGCAUUGCGUCUUGCCUCAUCUCUGGCCGUCCAUUGUCACAUCGUCAGCCUCUCGUCAAAUAAAUUCCUUUCGACUAUGAGCGAAGGCUUGCUGGUUCCGGAAACCCGCGUAUUGGCGAUCGCCAGUCAUGUCGUCUCUGGAUAUGUCGGCAACAAGAUCGCCGUAUUCAGCCUACAGUCUCUGGGCUGCGAUGUAGCGGCGCUCAAUACCGUUCAGUUCAGUAACCAUACCGGAUACAGACAAUGGACGGGCUCGCGAGUGUCGGCGCAGGAGAUUACGGACUUAUACGAGGGCCUUAAGCAGUCCUACCUCGACGACUUCGACAUGAUGCUUUCGGGCUACGUCCCCGGCGCCCCAGCGCUCGAGGCCGUCGGACAGAUAGGGCAGGAGCUCAAGCGCAAGGCGAAGUCUAAGCCGGGGAGCUUCUUCUGGGUACUGGAUCCCGUCAUGGGCGACAACGGCAGGCUCUACGUAGCGUCUGAUGUCGUGCCCGUGUACAAGAGUCUAGCCCACCACGCAGAUCUCAUCCUCCCCAACCAGUUCGAAGCCGAACUUCUCUCCGAAAUCCCCAUCACCGACAUGGCCUCCCUCGGCCGCGCGGUCCAGGUCAUGCACGAGCGGUACGGCGUCCCGCACAUCGUCAUCACGUCCGUCUCGCUCCCACACCCGGACCACCCGGUCUCGUCGCUGUCCGUCGUGGGCUCCACCAUGACCUCGGACCGCCGCGCCCGCGCCUUCAAGAUAGUCUUCCCCGCCAUCGACUGCUACUUCAGCGGCACGGGCGACAUGUUCGCCGCGCUCAUGUCGGUGCGCAUGCGCGAGGCGGUCCACGACCGCGGGGGCGGGCUGAUGGAGAGGGAGGCGUGGCUGAGCGACGACUCGGUCGACGCGCUGGACCUGCCGCUCGCCAGGGCCGCGGAGAGGGUACUGGCGAGCAUGCACGAGGUGCUGACCAAGACGGCGGAGAGGAUGCAGGAGACGGUCAAGAAGGCGCAGGUCGAGGAGGAGGCCGCGGCGGCGGCGGCGGCGGCGGCCGGUGCUGACGGGGUGGUGGAUGGCGAGGAGGCUGCGAAGGCAAGGGAGAAGAGGAUGCACCUGGUCAGGAGCAAGGCGGCGGAGUUGCGGCUCGUCAGGCACCUCGACAGCUUGAGGUUCCCCAAGGUGGAGUUCCGCGCGACGAGGCUAUAAUAAAGAAAAAGACGGGGAGGAGGAGGACGAGGGGGAGCAAUCCUCGGCAUGCCGUGUGGCGGAAGCGACCUUUUUUUUUUUCCCAUAGAAAGCGAUGCAUAGACUCCGGACAAUUGGACACGAGCACCCCCAU